AUGGCACCAUCAGAGGACUUUGUGUCUCAUGCAGCGGCUGCCCUACCCGAGUCAGUUCCCGUCAUGAUCGUUGGCGGUGGACCGAGCGGCCUCUUGCAAGCAUUGCUUCUCUCUCGCCUGGGAGUUCGAUCUUUGAUCAUAGAGCGUUAUUUAGAUCGUCUGACGGUACCCAAGGCCCACGCAAUUAGUCCGCGCUCGCUAGAGAUUCUACGCCAAUUCAGGCUGGGCGAGGAGCAUGUUCGAAAGCUGGGAACGUCACGUAAAGACGGAUAUUGGGUCAAUUUUGUCACCAAUCUCAGCGGUGAUGCCGUCGGAAGGUUGCCUUAUGAGCGCAUGGAUCCUGCCGUGCUAGAUGACACACCGGAGAUGAUCCACAAUAUUCCUCAACCAGCGCUUGAACAAGAGCUAACAAACUACAUUUUACAAGACUCAAAUAUUGCCUUGUUCAAAGGUUUCAGUAUUCACGGGAUAGAGCAGAUCGACAAUCAUGUUCUAGCUACCGUUCAGGAACGCUCAACGGGACGCCUACACUCUGUUUGGGCUCGACAUCUUGUGGCAUGCGAUGGCCGUAAGAGCAGAGUCCGUGAAAUCAUGGGGAUUCCUUCCGAAGGCGAGGUAUCUGACGAGACUAUGAUGACUAUCCACUUCAAUGCCAAUCUACGAUCCGUAGUGGGUGAUCGCGCGGGCAUGCUAUUCUGGAUUAUGGACCCAACCGGAGCGGGAUUUAUUAUUGGCUAUGACCUCGACGGCACGCAGGUUCACAUCAGUCAAGUAGAUGCGACCAAGCAGCCCAUUGAUUCCUGGACCGACGACUUAUGUCAGGCCAAGAUCCGUGCUGCUAUUGGACAGGAUAUUCCUUUUGAUAUCCUUAGCGUUCGACCCUGGGUGUUCCGACGUCAGAUCGCGCAGACUUUUCAAAGAGGCAAUAUAUUUCUUGUCGGCGAUGCCGCCCAUUCAUUCCCGCCAACGGGAGGACUAGGGUUGAACUGUGGUAUAGCAGACGCCCAUAACUUGGCCUAUAAACUUGCUUUCGUUCACCAUAAUGUGGCUAAUCCAUCCAUUCUCUCCACAUAUACGGAGGAGCGUAGAAGCGUGGCUGAUAUCUAUUCGCGGCAAAGUGUCAAGAACGGUCAGCAGAUAUUCGCUCUUUUGCGCAGCGUCAACACAGCAGGGAUCGACAACCCUGACCAGGCACGCCGCAACAUGAUGGCUGCACUGGCAAACCCGUUGCAGCGAACGAAAGUCAACGAGAGCAUUGAAGGGCAGAGAGAGCACUUUGAUAAUCUUGGGCUGCAUAUUGGCUAUGUAUAUGGAGCUAUUAAACCACCUCCUCAUGCCUCAUACUACUCGCCCCAGUUCAUUCCUGGGGCCCGCCUGCCACAUGAUUGGAUCUCGUUUCCCAGUCAGCUUUCAAAGGCUAGUCAAUCUGCACGGUCUUCACUGCCUUCUGCACCAAUCGAUGUGUCAUAUGUGAUCGAACUGGAUGAGAAACAAAUUGAAGAACGUCGAUGGAGUACAUUAGAUCUCUGUGCACCUGAUGCCUUCACUCUCAUUCUCAGCGCCAGAGAUAUCACCCUUCGUUCUGAUACAGCGAAGAUCCGAAAAUACUGUGAACCUAAGAAUCUAAGUCUGAAUAUCUGGAACCUCGGUUUAGAUUUUGGGGUAAUAAGGCAGAACUGUUUUUCGAUGAAGUUAAAUGAGACCGGCGGAAUUCUCGUUCGGCCCGAUCAACAUAUCAUGAUGAUGAUUGAUGCCACCACGACAGGGAAGAAAGUGAUUUCGACAAUUGACAGUCAUCUUGGAGAACAAUAG